UCGAAUUGCAUCAUUUCGUUGUUGAGUUGUAUAAAAGCAGCAAGUGGCGCUCAAAGGCUCAACAGUUUGGCGCUAAAGUCCUGCGACAUGCAUCUACAGGAGCUGCUAUUGAUAUUUGCUCUGCUCUUGCCGCAGGCGCUGCGAGCUUUGCGUUAUAGCCAAGGCACUGGCGAUGAGAACUGCGAGACGCUCAAGUCGGAAAUUCACUUGAUCAAGGAGGAGUUCGAUGAACUGGGCCGCAUGCAACGCACCUGCAACGCCGACGUCAUAGUCAACAAGUGCGAAGGACUCUGCAACAGCCAAGUGCAACCAUCUGUGAUAACGCCCACGGGGUUUCUGAAAGAGUGCUACUGCUGCCGCGAAAGUUUUCUCAAAGAAAAGGUCAUCACUCUGACCCACUGCUAUGAUCCCGAUGGCACGCGCCUCAACUCGCCCGAAAUGGGCAGCAUGGAUAUUCGCCUGCGAGAGCCCACCGAGUGCAAAUGUUUCAAAUGCGGUGACUUUACACGCUAAGCUGCCAAAGUAAACAAAUAAAUAAAGCAAAGCAUAAAUUUGUUUCAAUCAAAAUCAAA